GAAAAAAAGGAAAAAAAAACCGAACGAAAAAAAGGCAUAACUGAGGGGUUUGAGGGGCGGAUUUGGACAAAGUUUCCCAACUGUCCCGACCCGAAGAGGCUCCGGGGGGGUUGACGGGGAGUCGAUUUCACCGAAAACAUGUUGCCUAUGUGUCAGUGGGAGAUGAUCGGGAAACAGAAGAUUGGAGAAAUAAUGGACGAUUCCCAUUUCAACUCAUCAUACUUUUGGUCUCCCGUCUCCACUGUACAAGGACAGAUCGAGAACGCCAUGUUCCUGAACAAGGCAAAGGAGCAGCUGGGUCAGGAGAAGGCCAACGCGUCCUCCUUCCCUCACGCCUCCGCGUCUUCCACCUCCUCCCCCCACUACCCCACGGCUGUGCUCGCCAUCCCCGGCUCGAUGGACGCAGGGCCCGGGGUGCGGCUGGUCCCCAAACAGGAAGGAGGUGGAGGUACCGCAGUGGGAGGAGGAGGCAUGAGUGCGCUCGGGGGACACCUGCACCAGGUGCACACCACCCAGAACAUCACCGUAGUGCCUGUUCCCUCUACAGGUAUCAUGACCGCAGCGGGGUUAGUGAUCACCCCUCAAGGCACACUGGUCCCCACCGCCUCCACGCAGUCAUUUGUAGCUGGACACCCCACCACCACCUCCAUGAUAUUAUCUGCAGUGCACCCCUCAAAUACAGACAAGAAGCAGAACAUUCCUGCGGUUGUCAUGCCGACGUCAUCAAAGCGGGGCAGGAAGAGCAAACAGAUGUUGGCCAGAGUGGCCGGAAUGGGGGGGGUCCUUCCUCCAGGAAGUGAUGCGUUAAUAUUGGCCCACCUGGCCGCUGGUGGACAGCACCACACUGCUGACCCAUACGACCUGUCAAACGAUGAGGAUGACCAUACCAACAAAGACGGUCCCAAAUCCUACAGGUGCCGGAUGUGUGCGGUGACCUUCUUCAGCAAGUCGGACAUGCAGAUCCACGCCAAGUCCCACACGGAGGCCAAGCCCCACAAGUGUCCCCACUGCUCCAAGUCGUUUGCCAACUCCAGCUACCUGUCCCAGCACAUCCGCAUCCACAGCGGGGCCAAGCCCUACACCUGCACCUACUGCCAGAAAACAUUCAGGCAGCUCAGUCACCUACAGCAGCACACACGAAACCACACGGAGGCCAAGCCCCACAAGUGUCCCCACUGCUCCAAGUCGUUUGCCAACUCCAGCUACCUGUCCCAGCACAUCCGCAUCCACACCGGGGCCAAGCCCUACGCCUGCUCCUACUGCCAGAAAACAUUCAGGCAGCUCAGUCACCUACAGCAGCACACACGGAUUCAUACCGGUGACCGGCCGUACAAGUGUAACCAUCCUGGCUGUGAAAAAGCUUUCACUCAGUUGUCCAACCUCCAGUCUCACCGUCGGCAGCACAACAAAGAUAAGCCGUUCAAGUGCCACAACUGUAACCGUGGUUACACGGAUGCUGCCAGCCUGGAGGUGCACCUGUCCACACACACCGUCAAACACGCCAAGCUGUUCUCCUGUGGCCUCUGUAACCGAUCCUACACCUCGGAGACAUAUCUAAUGAAACACAUGAGGAAGCACAACCCCGACCCGCUAACAGUGGCAGCAACAGUAGCUGCUCAGCAGGCCCAGGGCCUCACGCCGGGCAGGGGCCGAGGCCGUGGUCGAGGGAGAGGCAGGGCGGGCCAGCUCCAGAACCAGACCAACCCUAACAACACCCAGAACCCUGGACCGCCAGGCGGCUACCAGCCAACCCAGCAAGCUGUGGUCCAGUGCCCGUUCGACCUGCACCAGUACAAGACAGUGUCAGCCAGCGAGAUCCAGUACAAACCAGUGUCUGUGGCGGACCUGCCAGUGGUCCACAAAGACCUCUGCCUCACCGUCUCCACCUCAGCCAUACAGGUGGAGCACAUGAACUCGUAGGCUACGAGUUUGAGACAUUUCUUAUUGUAUCUGCAGUGUAAAAAGGUCCAUAUAAACAAGUCGGUUAACUGUAUUCACUAUUAUAGUCUUCUUAAGAAAGGAAAAAUGGCUCAUAGGGUGGAACAUUUUACCAAUGUAACGUUUGAAGAUACAAGUAAAUUGAACUCACCCAGCGCCAUUUUUUCCCUUCAUUUUAAGAAGCUCUAAUGUGAAGUGCAGCAUUGAGUUCCUGGUCACAACACAGAUAUUUUACAAUGUGCUUCUCGAUUCCUGAGCCCACUUGUGCCAAGUACCUCUCAGUAGAGAUGCUGGUCUAGGACAUUGAUACAAGUCUGGAGCCACAUUCCUCCAGUUUUAGACUCAACCAGAACCCUGAUCUGAGAUCCCUUUUGGCUUUUAUAACAUUGGGAAUGAGAUGCUGAUUAAAUUCAGACCUGAAUUUCUCAAAAGCAUGUGUAGUCUAAUUCGCCUUUUUUCAACUACGAGUCAAUGGUCCAAUAAUCAGCUUUGUAAAACACACUUAAUACCUUGAUCCAAAACCAGCAGUCCUCGUCUGAGUAUCUUGAUAAAAGAGGCUCACUGGUGUCCCGGCUCUUUUUUUAUUGCAUGGCUUGCAAUAGGCACCAUCGGAGGAUGAAGAUGUAAAAUAUCUGUAAAACACAAAAUAAAUCACACUACUCUCUGCACAUUUAUAGUCCAGAGAAUGGUGUUAUCUUUCAACUCAUUCAGAUCACAUUCAUCUGAACAUUCUCCAUUAUUUAGUUCAAGCCAAAACAAAGGGAGAGAAAGAAGACAAGAAUCAAAGAUGGACGCCGUAGGGA